ACCCUCUCAACCCCGAGAGCGCAAAUCGCACAGCUUGACCUGAUGUCACGUCCCACCGUUUCCAAAGCGAAGACUUCUUAUCCGAUUUAUUCGGCAACCUUUUCCAACAGCAAACCUUCGUACCUGGUCGUGGGUGGUGGGGGUGGAGCCGGCCGUCAUGGAGUAAAGAACAAGAUCACAGUGUUUGACUUCAGUUCCCGUUCUCCCGCAAUUGAGUCCUGCGCCGAAAUCGAAGCCUCCGAAGACGACUCAGUGCAAUCGCUCGCAAACUUGGCCACUAGGGAUGGCAUGAUACUGUAUGCUGGAAUCAACAGUAGCGAGGAUGAACGAUUGAAGGAUAAGAACGAACAUUUCAGGUCAUUCGAAAUUCAAUUUCCGAAGAAUACCAGAAGGGCGAGCAACGUACAAAACGAACAGACACCCCAAGGCAAGCUUUCGUUUCUUAGCAAAACGAGUCUUUUCCAACCUCCCGCGGCUACGAAUGCGAAACGAGAAGGCUAUCAGCGAAUUGUGCGCCUUUCGCCUCCGCAAAGAAAUGCCUCUGGACCACCAAACAAACGGAUUGGGGCAAUUGCAUCGAGUUUGGCUGGAGACGAGAACGAGAUUGUCAUUUUCAGCGCGACAUCAAACAGGCCGGACAAUGACAAGGAUAUCAUCCAGCGUAUAUCGCUAAACAAAGGGCAGGAAGCCGAGGACAUAGACAUCUUGGACGAAGGAAAGGGCGCAUUCCAUGUGGCAUACGCACUCCCGGGAGAGGUUCACGUCCAAAGCAUCUUGUACGAUUUUGGCAAGAGGAAGAACCUAGGAAAAGCCGAUACGCAACGAAAAGUGUAUUCAGUGCCUUUCCCCAGUCUCGACAACAAAAACCGUCCGAAAAUCCGAAGUAUACGUUGGCUAUCGUCCUCUCACAUUCUACUACUCGUCAACAAGCACAACAGAUCCGGGGUAGAACUGUGGGUUCUUAGGCUUUAUGAAGAAGGGCCUGGCUCAAUUAUCAUGCGAAAGACAUUGCCGAGGCAUGCAAAGGCUGCUGUGGGCAUGGAUGUUGCCUUGCUGGAUGCAGAUUCGGACGGGGCUUGUCAAGCAGUUGUUGCAAUAUCUGCGAUUGACAUUUCGCUUACGAUCUUGACAAUCGACUACCAUGGUCAAGCGCGCGACUCACUCAGUCACUUCCACGCUUUUGCUACUUAUUACGACGUCCAUGAACUACAAAUGACAAAAGUGGUCUUCUCUCCGUUUUUCAAACCCGAGGUUGCGCCAGGAAAGAAGCCGGGACCGCAAUACCUUCGUUUGGCUUCGACAUCACUCGGAAAUUCGAUCGAUGUUGAGACAUUUGAGCUACAACCAGUCUCGAAGAAGCCCAAGUCUCGUUAUAUCCUACAGAGCUCGAGCGCUUUAGCGCUGAACCGAGGUGCCUCUUACAUGUUGGUAGCAGUCAUCAUCUGCGCGAUAGCAUUUAUGCUUCAAGGAUUCAUUGAUCCGGAGGGCAAUCUGACCAGGAGUAUCGUGCCUGCCAGUCUACAAAAUGCAGCUUCCGAGAUCAAAGCACCAGGAGCUGUGAUCCAUGAUGCUCGUGUAGCCGCGCAACAUAACCUUGGCGACUCCACCGCAGCAAAAGUGUCGGAUCGUCUUCUGGAUUUACUGGAUAUGCACGGACGCGAAGACUUGCCGGCAGAGGAACGGAAAGCGAUUGUGGUUCAUCACGAUCCUGAAAAGGACGGGGUCGUCAGUGCUGAAGUGCAUGUUGGCGAAGAAGACGUGGUGAAGAAGCACGGUGAGGCCAGGAAAUGGGAGGACUUGAGCCAUCAUGAGCAGAAAGAGUGGAAGGAGACGCUGGCAGAAGCAGGCAUGUGGGCUGUUGGGGAGGGCGAAACCGUGCUCAAAGGCAUUUUCUUUGGACAGCUGGGCGGGCUCGUGGGCCAAGUGGCGCAAGGCGUUAUUGGAUAG